GUAAAUCUAUCCCUCCGUUUAAUAAAUCAACUGUUUCUAAUUAUAAGCGUAAAGCCAUGCCAAUAUCAUUUGAAGACUAUGCAUCAAACUUGAUUAAAAUACCUGAAAAAUUGCGACUUUCAUGGCUUACUUAUUGGGUUAUAAAAAGAACUUUUUUUGUUCAAUUUUGCGGAGGUGAAACUGAUGAAGAAUGCAUUGAUACUAUGUCGAAAUUAAGAAAGUAUCAUAUUGGAUCUAUACUUGGUCCAUCGAUUGAAACUGAUUUAAAUCAAGAUGAAUCUUCAUCAGAUAUUGAAAACGAUGAAAAAUUUAAUCAAGCUACAAAUAUUUAUUUAAGUGGCAUUAAAACUAUGUCAAAACUACCUAACAGUUUCGUUAAUGUUAAAAUUACUGGCCUUUCAGACCCCUUGAUUUUAAAAAAUUUGACUUUAACUUUGAAUUCUUUAAACAAAGCCUUCGAUCAAUUCGAUAAUGAUCAAGAUGGGACAUUAAGAAAAACUGAAUUAAAGAACCUUUUUGUUAAUAUCUUUGGAGAAAGUGAAUCACGUCUUAUUGACAGAGUUUUGAAUAAAGCAGACUCUGAUAAUAAAUUAAUUGAUCGAUUAGACUAUUUUAAGAUUUUACUGGAUAAUCGAGAUUUUAUGAUCAAGCAUUCAAUGUUAAAUCAAAAAAUGAUUAAAGGUUUUAAUCAAUUAUUAACUAGGCUUGAACAAAUAAGCAAGACAGCACAUCAAUAUAAUGUGAAAUUAUUAAUAGAUGCGGAGCAAAGUUAUUUCCAGCCAGGAAUCGAUUACCUAGCAAUGGGACUAUCUUUGAAAUUUAACAAAUUAACUGAUGAAAAUAAUUUUCAAAAUGGUCCAAUCAUAUUUAACACGUAUCAAAUGUAUCUUAAGGAUUCAUCAUCAAGAUUGAAGAGAGAUUACGAAUUAUCACGAAGAAACAAAUUUGUAUUUGCAGCAAAGCUUGUUCGCGGUGCCUAUAUGGCUAAUGAAAGAUUGAUCGCAAAGGAAUCAGGUUAUCCGGAUCCUAUCCACGAUAAUUUAGAAGACACCCAUGAAUCUUAUAACGGUGCUGUUACUUUUUUAUUAAACGAACUGUAUAAAAGUAAAAAGAAUUUAGAAGCUAAAAAUGUCAAUGACGGCAGCAUUUACGAUUCAAAUAUUAGCAACAAUCCUUUGGUAUUCGUGAUUGCUUCGCAUAAUCAAGAAUCUAUAAUUAAGGCAUGUGAAAAGUUAGACCAAUUAGGAAUUAAUUUAGAUUCUGGUGCCGUAUAUUUUGCUCAAUUGUAUGGAAUGUGUGAUCAAAUCACUUAUGCACUUAGUGGUCUUGGUUAUCCUGUCUAUAAAGCUUUAAUAUAUGGAAAGGUAAAUGAAGUUAUUCCAUAUUUGAUAAGAAGAGCUCAGGAAAAUUCUUCAGUACUUGAUGGCCGUGCAGCAGUUGAACAAAAAGCAUUAUGGAAUGAAAUAAUUAGAAGGUUUAAAUUUUGUAAGUAA